AUGACUAAAACGCUCCCCCCACACUCGGCCAUCCGACCUCUGGCAGUACAGGAUGUGGAUGCCAUUGUCGAGGUCUCAGAUAAGGCCUUCCCUCCGGACCAGUCAGCGACGAGAGAAAAGGUGCUGUAUCGACUCCAGGCAUGCCCCGAGCUGUGUCUGGGUCUAUUUAUCAGAAGUUACGACGCCAAGGACAAAGCCAAGAACAGCGACGGUGAGGACGACCAGCUGCCUCAUCCUACAACCUCUGUGAUUAGCGAGAAGCUGGUGGCGGUGAUUCUGGCCACAAAGAUGCGGUCAGACCUGAUCACCAAGGGCUCCAUGGGCAUCCCGGAGGGCCCUGACGACGAGGAGAACGGACACAAGGAGGACGGAAACACCGUGGGCGUCCAUGCUGUUUGUGUGGACCCCGAGUACCAGGGCAAGUCCAUCGGAUCGAUCCUGAUGAAUGACUAUGUGCAGCGAAUCUCCACCAACGGCGUGGCCAGCCGAAUCGCGCUCAUUGCCACAGACGAGAACGCACCCUUCUACGAGAAGCUGGGGUUCACCAAUCAGGGCAAGAGCGAUUGCAAAUACCCUCCCGGUGUUGUGUGGAAUGAUCUGUACUUUGAUCUGUCGUACAACUAA